AUGAUGGUGGCGGACUUUGUAACACGCCAACAGAACGGUUCGCCGCUGAACGGUGAAAUACCCGGUCAAAAUCACAACUCCAACUCCAACAUGCCUGCCCACAGUGCCUUACUGAUGAGCAACAACAGCAGCAACAGCAACAGCUCCGGCCGUGCCAGCCCGCACACCUCCUCGGAGUCGGAAUUCCCCCAGAACGGGUACGAACUGGCGGCCCAUCUGAAGCGCAAGGAGCUGUUCUCCCAGCGCAAGCAGCGCGAAUUCAUCCCGGACAACAAGAAGGACGACAGCUACUGGGACCGGCGGCGACGCAACAACGAGGCAGCGAAGCGAUCGCGCGAGAAGCGUCGCUUCAACGACAUGGUGCUGGAGCAGCGUGUCGUCGAGCUGACGAAGGAGAACCACGUCCUGAAGGCACAGCUGGACGCGAUCAAGAGCAAGUACAAUAUCUGUGGCGAGAACUUGGUCAGCGUCGACCAGAUUAUGGCCACGCUGCCCACCAACGAGCAGGUGCUCAGCUCGACCAAGCGCGUCAAGUUGGCGAACGGGAGCAGCCAGGGACGGUCCAGCUCUCCGACCGGUUCCACGAUUGGUUUCCCGCUUUCGCGCAGUCCCUCGCGACAACCGCAGGCCUCUACCUCUCCCUCGCAAUCACACGGACGUGCCUCGUCACCGCACAGUCCGCCAGCCAGCAAUGGUACGCCACAUCUCCAGCAGACACUGCUGGCGGUCGUCCAAAGCGCUCCCAGCACGACGACAUCGCCCGGGGGUGGUUUGUCCAUUCCUUCGUCCCAGCAAGCACCGGUCAUCCAUCCCAAUCCGAACGUGGAAUCUCCACCGCCGGCGGCACCUGGGUCGUCGCCCACCGUGUCUUCGGGCGGUGCGAUCCAACACACGAACGGAGGAGCAACAUAUCUGUCACCGGUCCAUGCCAUCUACCGGAACGGUACGAUCAUCGAGUACGAGCGGGCCUCGGAGGGUGGUAAGCUGCCGACGAUGGAAGGCAACGGGCGCAGUCCUUCCCAGAUUCGGCUGGAACUGAUCGAGCGCAACCUGGACGAUCAUCAUCACCUUCAGCAGCAGCUCGCCGCCCAGCAACAGCAGCAGCAGCAGCACCAACAGCACCAUCAUCAGCAGCAGUUGGCAUCCUCGUCCCAGCAUCAUCACCACUACAGCCAUCAUUCGCGGGAGGUGAUCCGGGAGUCGGUGAUCGAUCACCACCAUCCCCAUCAUCAUCCGCAUCCUCAGCACCACCAUCAGCCCCAGCAUCAACCGCAUCCGCAACAUCAGCAGCAUCUUCAGCAGCAACCGCAUCCUCACCAUCUGCACCAGCGGGUGUUGGUGUCCAACGGUGAACUGGACCGGGAUGACCGUUCUCCCUCACCCACGCUGACACCCUCGGCCGCGCCACGUUUCGGUUCCCCCACGACAACCACCACCUCCUCCUCUUCCGCACCGAUCUCAUCGACGUCACCGCCGACGAUCAUCUCCAGCACGAGCCCGGCAGGAUCGCCACCGGCCCAUGUCCCCGUAGCGGCACAUGCGCACUCGCAUCACUACCCGCCCCAUCACCACCACCACCACCCGCACCAUAUAGCCGGCCACCAUGCGCAUCCGCCGCACUUUGUCGUGGGUGCAAGCUCCCCGUACGCCAGCUCGGCCCUACCCGCCAGCGGUUAUCCACUGACGGCCGCAGCCGCCGCUGUCGCGGCCUAUGCUAGCGGAGCCGGAGCCCUGUACGCGUCACCUCCUCGUACUACCGAAAUAGCGAGCGCACUCCUAACGGCGAACGUGCUCAAUCUGAGCCGCCGUGCCCCGUCCCCGUACGACUCGAGCCCACCCCAAACCGCUUCCUCAACGGCCAGCGCCGGCAGCACAUCCGAGCACGAGGAGGAACCGGACCGCGAGCGGGAAAUUCACGAACAUGCCAACAGUCUGCCGGUGAAGUUGCGCCACAAGUCGCAUCUCGGCGAUAAGGAUGCGGCAACGGCACUGUUGGCGCUGCAGAACAUCAAACAAGAACCGAUCGGGCACCGGUCGAGCUCGCCCGCCUGGGACGAUGGUGACGGUUCGUCGGACGAGCGCGACUCCGGCAUCUCCACGAACGAGUGGCCAACGAAGGCGGAACAGAAGAUGAUGGUGCCGCUACCGGUAUCGCCCCCGUCCGCCUCGGCAUCCUCGGCCGGCAGUGCGUCCGGUGGUGGAGCCAUCGUCAGUACGGCGGCAAUGGCGGCCGCCGCAGCAGCAGUGGCGGCCGCUGCCGGUAAGAUCACCUCCAUACCGGCGUCGGUCGUGAUCAGCAAAAAGGCGGAGGAAAACAUCCACCUGCAGUCGAAGCUGGCACGGCUCGAAUCCGAGGUGGCCACCAUCAAGAACAUGAUGAUCUCGAACACGACCGGCAGUGGGUUCGGUGUGACUGCGGCAGCUCAGUAG